ACAGCAGCGUGGAAGAUAUUACUUGUAGCCAUCGUCUGCAAUUCCUGCACAUAUCGUGGUUAGAUAUGUUAAAUAUGCAGGAUCUAAACACGUUUAUUUCAAUGUCUGUGUUCUGCCAGUAGAUAAAGAAAUGAAGAAAUUUUGUUGUCACGUUCGGUGGUUGUUAUUUAUGUUAGGAGUCCAGAGGGCGUGCGCGCUCCGCCUGACGGCGCACCUGUCCCAGAGCGGACUGCACGGCACGGUGAGCUUCGGGCACGAGCCCGGCGGGCCGGUGGUGGUGAAGAUGUCCCUGCAGUCGGUGCACGAGGCGUCGGAGUGGUCCUGGAGCGUGAGGCGGCUGCCCGUGGACUACCUCUCGCUGGCGGGCCGCUGUGACCACGACAAGCUCGGCGAUGUCGUGUACGCGCUGGACGAGAAGCUCGGACCGCUGAGCCUCCCGGCCAAUGGCUCGUCGCAGCUGGAGGUGCCGAGGGCGGAUAUGCCCCUGACGGGGGAGGAGGGGCUCUGGGGCAAGUCCCUGGUGCUGCAGGCGGCGGGGGAAAGCACGGGCGUCGCCUGCGGCACCAUCACGGUGUCCGGUAACGCGGACGAGAAGUUCGCGGAGGCGAGGUUCUCGUCGCCGGUGGCGGGCUCGGUGUUCCUCGGCUGGCUCGGUGACCAGAGCUCCGACGACACGGACGCUCUCCUCCACGUCGACCUGUACCACGUGACAAACACAACCGCCACCACGCGCCACCCCUGGAAGAUAUACACCACCGACAUACUCGACUCGGAGGCCGGUAAGUGCCUGGCGGGGCUUCCCUCGUUGGUGGGAUCUCAUCCGAACUAAUUGGGGCAUAGGCGUACCCAGGAUGGGGUGUUUUGGGGGUUCAACCUCCCCCUCCCACCCCCGAAAAGUCUUGGCGACCCUUCCCGUCUCAACGGCAACUCCGGAGAGAACAUUUUCUUGCUUAAGAAGAUUAAAAUCCUAUCUGCGGAACACCAUAUCUCAGGACAGACUGAAUGGAUUGGCCUUACUGAAUGUCCACUAAAACAUCCACAUCGACCCGGAGAAUGGGGUUACUGAAUUUUCCAAAAAAAAAAAAAAUUGAAUAAUUCUUCUGCAAAUAGUUUGUAAGCUUAA